GCCACGGGCAAGCGCCGGGACCGGGGCGAAGCGGAGACCCAACCGGAGCGCGGCGGCCGACACCGAACCGCCCCGGGAACCUCUCGACAAGCCCGUUCCGCCCCCGGUUCCCGCCGACCCCGCUCCGCCCUCGUUCCGCCCCCGUUCCGGCUCCUCCCCGCGGCUGCGCGGAGCGCGAUGGUGCCGGAGCUGGAGAAAGCCACGGUCCGUAUGCAGCAGCCGGAGCGCGUGAUGGGGAUAAUCCGGUCCAUCAAGGAGCAGGGGAUGAGCAAGCUGCAGGUCAUCUCUGACUUCGACAUGACUCUGAGCCGCUUUGGGUGCAAUGGCCGACGCUGCCCCACUUCGCACAAUAUCCUCGAUAACAGUCGUGUUAUCAGUGAGGAUGGCAAGAGGAAGCUGCAAGACCUGCUGCACUAUUACUAUCCCAUUGAGAUCGAUCCCAACCGGACCCUGGAAGAGAAGUGUCCCCUCAUGGUGGAAUGGUGGAGCAGGGCCCACGACCUGCUCUCGCAGCAGAAGAUCCAGAAGGGUGACAUAGCCCAGAUCGUCAGGGAGUCGGACGUGAUGCUGAGGGAUGGAUUCAAUGAGUUGUUUGAUCAGCUGCACAAGAACAACGUCCCACUGUUCAUCUUCUCUGCUGGUGUUGGUGACAUCCUUGAAGAGAUUAUCCGUCAGGCCAACGUCUUCUACUCAAAUGUCAACGUGGUGUCCAACUACAUGGACUUUGAUGAUAAUGGAGUCCUCACACAUUUCAAGGGACCUCUCAUCCACACCUACAACAAGAACAACAGUGUCCUGCAAGGUACCAAGUAUUUCCAGCAGCUGAGCACCAGGACAAGCAUCAUCUUGCUGGGGGACUCCAUGGGUGACCUGACGAUGGCAGACGGCGUUCCCAGUGUGGAGAACAUCCUCAAGAUUGGCUUCCUCAAUGACAAGGUGGAAGAGAGGAGGGAGAAGUACCUGGAUGCCUACGACAUUGUCCUGGAGAGCGACGAGACGCUGGAUGUGGUCAACGGGAUUCUCCGGUACCUCCUUACGGAGACGUGAGCUGGGCAGGCAGCACCCCAACCCCAGCCCCCCAGCAGGGCACCAGGGCACAGAGUGUCCUUUCCUUGACAAAGCUGGAGUGGUGGAUCUGCUGGUACCUCCUGGACUCCAUCCUGACACUGGGCGGGCUCCCUGCCCCAGAUCUGGGUGUUGUCUACAUCCUGACCUCCUUGACCUGCUUCAGACAGUCCUGGAGUGGGAGGGGUGAGAUGGAGGAAGCUUCUGCACUCCCUUUACCCCACCUGUGCCCAGCUCUGCUGAUUUCCAGUCUGACUUCAUCCCACUUGGACAUCAUCCAACCAGUGGCCAAGGCCACAAAAACCAUUUUGUGAUUCAGGUACAGAUGUUCUGCGCUUGCUUCAGCAGUUGGGUUCAGAAAUGGAGGUGGUUUGCUGGGGCUUGGGGACAGACCUGGCUUAGGUGGAAGCUGUUUAGUUUUACUGUGUUCCUGUUUAAGAAAAUAAGUCUCUCUCUA